UCAAGAGCCGUCUAGUCGGUGGCCGGCACUCGCCAGGAUCGUAGGGUUCUGCGAAAUCUUCCUUCUCUCCUCGUUUCAUCAUCGUUUAUCCUCGACGAACGUUUAACAAGUGGUUCGACUCGGGAAACGUGCAACAUCAGAAAGAAGACAAUGCUUGCGUGCGAUUGAACGAUCGCGAAAUUCGUGAAAUCGGUCGAAAAAAGAGCGGAGCGGAUUAUUCAUCUAAUCGGCAACUCCUCUCCAUAAAGGAAGAACACAUAGUGAGAGCAUCUGCGUGAAAACAUCGUGGCGAGUAUGGCAAAGUGGGACAGUUCGGAAUCUGAAUAUUCGGAGCCUGAGGAGUCAAAUGAGUUAGGGGCCAUCGUAAGCCCCGAGAUCUGCGCGAUGGACACUGUGGACAGUGCGAGCAAGCGGCAAGCUACUCGUGUCUUCAAAAAAUCCAGCCUUAAUGGAAAGAUCACGGUAUACCUCGGGAAAAGAGAUUUCGUCGAUCACAUAACUCACGUCGAUCCUAUCGACGGGGUCGUGCUGAUCGACCCGGACUACGCGAAGGAUCGCAAGGUUUUCGGCCACGUGCUGGCCGCGUUCAAGUACGGGAGGGAGGACCUGGACGUUCUCGGGCUGACCUUUCGAAAGGAUCUCUACUUGGCGGCCGAGCAAAUCUAUCCCGUGGUGGCUGGCGCCCAGCAGAGGAAGCUGACGCGGUUGCAAGAGAAGCUGAUCAAGAAAUUGGGGAGCAACGCGUACCCUUUCUAUUUCGAGUUACCGCCUCAUUGCCCUGCGUCGGUCACGCUGCAGCCGGCGCCAGGCGACACCGGGAAACCGUGCGGCGUCGACUACGAAUUAAAAGCGUUCGUAGGUGAGACGCAGGACGACAAACCGCAGAAACGAAACUCGGUGCGGCUCGCGAUACGGAAGAUCAUGUACGCGCCGUCGAAGCAAGGCGAGCAGCCUUCCGUCGAGGUGAGCAAAGAAUUCGUCAUGUCGCCGAACAAGCUUCACCUGGAGGCGUCGUUGGACAAGGAGCUGUACCAUCACGGGGAGAACAUUGCUGUGAACGUGCACAUAGCGAACAACAGCAACAGGACGGUGAAAAAGAUCAAGGUGUCGGUGAGGCAAUUCGCGGACAUUUGCCUCUUCUCGACGGCGCAGUACAAGUGCACGGUGGCCGAGGCCGAGAGCGAUAUAGGGGUAUCGCCAGGAUUCACACUGAGCAAGGUCUUUUCUCUAAGGCCAACGCUUGCUGACAACAAAGACAAGCGAGGUCUUGCCCUAGACGGCCAACUUAAACACGAGGACACCAAUCUCGCAUCUAGCACAAUGGAGGGGUGCCCGGUGGGGCCAGGUUUCACGCUGAGCAAAGUGUUCUCUCUGAAACCGCUUCUCGCCGACAACAAAGAUAAAUGGGGGCUUGCCCUCGAUGGCCAGAUCAAAGACGAGGACACCAAUCUGGCGUCCAGCACCCUCGUGGUGGAUCCCUCGCAACGCGAGAAUCUAGGGAUAAUCGUCCAGUACAAAGUGAAAGUGAAGCUUUGCCUCGGAGCCUUAGGAGGCGAAUUAGUGGCGGAACUGCCGUUCAUCUUGAUGCAUCCGAAACCGGAAGAAGAGGAACCAGCGCCACCCACGGCUCGGCCCAGCCCGACGCAAAAGACGGAUAGCGAGAUACCGCUCGACACAAAUCUGAUUCAAUUGGACACGGAGGCUGACGGCGACGACGACAUCAUUUUCGAGGACUUUGCCCGUCUCAGGUUGAAGGGCGAGACGGAUGCCUGACUACGUGGAUCCAACUCGAUCGACCUGUUCGACGCAACCAAACGCAAGAUCUUCCAGAACGGCGCGAGCCAGCUGAUCCUUUAAUUCGUUGUCUCGGUUGGGAAAAUGAUUGAGUGAUCGGUGACAAAAUGGAACGUCGAUUCUUCGCCGCAAGGAUCGAAAGAUCUCUUUCGUUCGACGAUCGCUGGAACAACUAUCUCGACUUUUCCUUCGAUGCUGGAUGAAAAAUCGUAUUGGUCAAAUUCAUCUAGAUAGUUGUACAUGGGACGACACCUAUGGAAUGGUACUAAUAAUCAAUCGCACAGGGAGUAAUUAAAGCGCACCUCGUUCGACUCGUCAGUGGAGGAAGAAACAUUUUGGAUCGAUUAAAAUCACGAUGCGGGAUAACAAUGUGUUUAACGCUUUGACGACGUUUUUUCGUUUAUGGAUGGAAAACGAUUCGGAGCAUCGAAGACUGAACGCAUCGUUGAAAAAGAUGUCGGAUGAAACGAUAUUAUUUAUACCCAGUAACGGGAUGGAGGAGUGCAUCUUUGGGGAUGCGAUUUGAACCAGCACACGUGUUUUUCUUAUUUUAAUCAAAUGGCCAGUAUGCGGAAUUCUUCCUGUUAGUCACGUUUUUCAAGUGUGCGUUUUUACACGAAGAGAGUACGAAAAAAAAAAAAAAAUGUGAAAAAGAGACUGGUCGAUUUCGUUGCAGAAAGGAUUAUUAUUCGUUUCGUGCUAUUACUAGUUUAGUAAAAAUCCUUUAAGUCGUUGAUAAUAAGUUACACGCUUUCUCCUUAUCGAGAUAUAUUAAAUUUGUCAAAGUUUUAUCAUCCUUCCUAUGAAUAUCUUUUUCAUUAUUGCGUGAAACUUUUCAAUUUUGAGAUUUUGCGUUGAAUAACGUUUAUGAGAAAUAACCAUAAGCUUUUCUCUUCUUGUAGAAUCUAUACAAGAUCGGAUUGAAUAUCAUGCAGCCUCUUAUCGUACAAACGAAUUUUUUGCAAUGGAAAAUGAAUCAAUCAGUUACUAUUUCUUGACAAACUUUAAAAAUUAUCUCGCUUCGUUGGAAGAUGUAUUAGAUAGUUUCGAUCAUGAACCAUCGAAUAAUUUCGAAGAUCUCGAAAUGAAUUCUCGUUUUUAACGUAUUGCUCGAAUCGUGUGACUUUUCAACAACGAGCGUAUCACAGUUUAUAAAAGAAUUGUACGAUAAUUGAAAAUUAAACAAUAUUCUGUGUGAGAUAACGCGUUACGUUGAUCGCUAAAAUGUGUUGUCUCUUUGUAUUCGACAGUUUAACAGAAUGCGAUCAGAAUGAGAUUCAAUGAGAAUGUUUCUUUUCAAAGAAUUAAAUAAUCGAAAGUCGUGAAAGUCGUUUUCGGAUUUUCUUACCGGAAAGGCAAGAAAAAUUCAACGAAUCCUAAUUAAACGUUACAUAUAUAUAAAUAUAUAUAUAUAUAUAUACAUAAAACAAAGAAUACGUUAUAUAUAGAUAAAUAUGUAUACACACGAAUACACGUAUUGUAUUACACACCGAAUUAUGCAAACUUUAUCGUCACACACGCUUAAACAAUAAAACAUGAUUAAAGGGGAAAAAAAAGAGAAAAAAAAAAAGAAAAGAAAAGAAAAAAUAGAAAUAAAAAAAAAUAAAAGAAAAGAGAAUUAUGUAAAAUUUCAGCAGUUUAGCUUUUACACGUUUAUACCGACAUCAAGAAAGUAUUGGGUUUUUUGCAACACGUUACCAAUCGUACGAUUUUUCUAUUCCUUUUUUAUGUAUCACAUUUUUUACCGAAUGAAACAUUCUAGCGCCAUCUUGAAUACACAUUUCGGAUUAUCGAAAAUUCGUUUCUUUGCGAACAUACUUGAAAUCGAUCCAAUUCGUUACUUGCAUCGUUUACCGAAGACCGUUUGCAAAAAUUGAAUCGAACACUUUGAUAUGGAAUAUCGAUUCGAGUGAGUUUUUUUUUUUUCUUCUACAUCCUUUUACGACUUACGUUCACGUGAUGAAACGGCAAAACGAGUCAUGGAAGAGAGUACAGUUAGUCACAUUAAUAUUUGGAUCUUAUUUUAUCUACGUCUUAUUUUAUUGUAUCGUUUAUCGCAUAUAGAAAAUAUAGGCUUAUUCUGUAAAUUUUUUUUAAAUAUUUCAUCCUACGAUUUUUCUUUCUUUUCCUACAAAGUUUGUAAUUUUUGUUUCGUAAUUUCUUCAUCAUCUUUUCGAUACGAAAAUUUCUAAAAGUUGAACCGUCUGAAUAUUAAUGCAAGUAAUUGUACAAUCGAGUAAUUCGAAGCGUAAAUUGAGAGAUAGGGAUCAUUCCAGGUGUAUGUGAUCAAACGGUAUGCCUUUAAGAGCGAGGUAUCGAGGUAUUUUCUAAGUAUUUUCUAAACGGCAGAUCGUGAUAGAAUCCUUUGGAUCAAUCUCGCCGAUCUGCGAUUUAGAAGACACCUUAUAUAUAUAUGUGUGUGUGUUGUAUUAGCACGAUUUAAAAAAAAAAAAAAAAAAAGAAAACAUCAAUGCGUCCGCUGUCAAUUAAUUAUUAUUUUACAAGUAUCAACAUCGAUGACAAUUUCACGAGGGGCACAGCGAGCGCGCGUUCGAUUAAAGAGGCAACUUCUGCGUAUCGACGAGUGUAAUUUUUCAAGUUAAUAAUGUUAAUAAUUCUCGUGUCUCGAAGGGAGUGAAAUAUCGUGGUAGUUUAAAAUCGAAGAGAACGAGAUUAACGAGCGAACAAAUUAUUAUUAUUAUUAUUAUUAUUAUUAUUAUUAUCAUUAUUGUUCAUAGACGUCCAUGAGAUGAAAAGAAGAAGAGGGGAAGGGAGGGAAAUUUUUGUAUAAGACAAUCCUUCGUUAAUAAAUACGUUCGAUGAAGGAUCGAUCGCCAUUUUUCCGCUGUAAUAAAUAAAUAAAUAACGAGUAACAAAAGUCAAUUGUACAAGAAACGAAAAACCAGAGUUGAAAACCGAACUGAAUUCUCUUCGAUUUUAAACGAAACAAGUUUUCGAUUUUUUGGGCCAGGGCAACGUUGAUCGUGCUGUUGGCCGAUUUCGAAAUCGUUGCACAUGUAUAUAUUACAUAUACGCAGGAGGAGUUGAGGAGAGGAAUAGUAUUUUUUAUCAAUUUAGCAUUUACGGAGUGUGUUUAGGAGAGAUUAUCGAUUAUAUAUAUAUAUAUGUAUGUGUAUAUAUAUAUAUACAUACACCAAAGCAUCUCUCUCACUUCAAUGUUUUCGUAAGCAAGGAAGCUUUCAAGGGAGAAUGGGAGGAACAAGACGAACAUAAUUAUUAUUCUAUAGUUAUUAGUCGAGCGAAAACAAUUGCAUAAGUUAAUACUGUAAAUGUCGAGUUAAUGUUUAAACUUAUUUAGAUAAGUGGAAGAAAACGGCCGUAAGUUUGGGGUCUUCGUGUUUCUUAAUCGUGUAUUUUUUUUUUUUUUUAGGGGAAAAAAAGAGAAAAGAAAUUGUAUAAACUGUGCUUACGCUACGAUUCGUUAUUCAUCUUGCACUUUGCCCCACUUUGAAAUCGUGUGAUGGUGAUUUCAUAAAGAUUCGGACCUCAAACUUACGCGUACGCACACACGCAUACACACACGCAAACAAUUAAACUUGUACACUGCGUAUAGAGAAAAA